CUCCGGUCCGAGUCACGUUGUCUAACCUGUUCCCGGCGCCUGCCCCGCCCCGUCCUCCGCUCCCCGCAGCCGGAGCCGGAGCCGGAGGAGGACCCCUGGUGCCAAGAUCUGCCCCGGAUCCGCGCCCCGCUGCGGCCAGCCGGCACCAUGGACAGCGAGGCGUUCCAGAGCUCGCGGAACCUUCUGGACCUGAACUUCCAGUCUCUAGCCGCGAAGCACAUGGACCUGAAGAAUACGGAGCUGGACACGGCGGCGGCCAAGGUGGACGAACUGACCAAGCAGUUGGAGUCGCUGUGGUCAGACUUGCCGGCGGCGUCUCUUGGCUCGCAGGCCAGAGCGCCGGCUAGGCUGUCCCGGUACAGCCUCAGCCCUGUCCCCGAGCCCUUGGGCUGCCGCGGGUCUCCCCGGAAGGCGACCACCGACGGCGCAGACAUCUCGUUCGGACGCUCCGAGAGCGCCCCGGCUCUGCUCCCCUACAGCUCGCUGUCCCCUAAGGGCCGGCCGUCGUCACCGCGCACCCAGUUCUACCUGCAGCCGGAUGCCUACAGCAGCCUGGACCGCGCGCCCUCACCCCGGCCCCGCACCUUCGAUGGAGCAGGCAGCCCCCACGGCCGUUCGCCCUCCCCUCGCCCCGGCCCGCUCAGACAGCAGGGUUCCCCGACGCCCUUUGACUUCUUGGCCCGUGCCCGCUCCCCCCGUGUCAGCCCCCUGGCCGAAGGGCCCCAGGCCUUCUUUCCUGAGCGCGGGCCCUCGCCUCGCAUCCCGACCGCAGCCUACGAUGCGCCGACUGCCUUUGGGAGCCCCCUGCUGGGCCCUGGCGUCAGCGCCUUCGCCCCACCUCUGCGCGCGCAAGACGACCUAACGCUUCGGCGGCGGCCCCCCAAAGCCUGGAACGAGUCUGACCUGGACGUGGCAUACGAGAAGAAGUCCUCGCAGACAGCGAGCUAUGAACGACUCGAUGUCUUCGCGCGGCCUGCUUCACCAGGCCUGCAGCUGUUACCCUGGAGAGAGAGCAGCCUGGAUGGGCUGGGGGCCCCCGGGAAGGACAACUUCACCAGUGCCACUCUGCCCCGCAAUUACAAGGUCUCCCUUCUGACCAACGACAGGCGUUCUGAUAUGGACAGCUACCGCCGAUCGCUGGGCUCCGCGGGCUCAUCAGGCACUUUGCCCCGAAGCUGGCAGCCUGUCAGCCGCAUCCCCAUGCCUCCUACCAGCCCCCAGCCCCGAAGUGCCCCCCGCCAUCGCCCCAUCCCCCUCAGCAUGAUAUUCAAGCUGCAGAAUGCCUUUUGGGAGCACGGAGCCAGCAGGGCCAUGCUCCCUGGCUCCCCCAUCUUCUCUCGAGCUCCCCCGCCUAAGCUGCUUCCCCAGCCCCAGCUGCCUCCACAGUCCCAGCCACAAUUACAGCCUCAGCCCCAGCUUCAAGCCCUUGCCCCCGUCCCCCAACCCCCCCAAGAGACUUGGUCCGCUGUGAGUGAAGGCUUCCCCAAACCUCCCACUGAGCUGGAGCCUGAGCCGGAGCUGGAGGGGCUGCUGACACCAGGGCUGGAGGCUGGUGAUGCAGAUGAAGGCGCUGUAACUCGGCCCCUUAGUCCCACACGGCUGCAGCCAGCACUGCCGCCCGAGGCACAGUCAGUGCCCGAGCUGGAGGAGGUGGCACGGGUGCUGGCAGAAAUUCCACGGCCCCUCAAACGCAGGGGCUCCAUGGAGCAGAGCCCUACUAUAGCCCUGCCCCCCACCCACAAGAAGCAGUACCAGCAGAUCAUCAGCCGCCUCUUCCAUCGUCACGGUGGGCCUGGGGGGCCCGAGCCUGAGCUGUGUCCCAUCACUGAGGGGCCUGAGGCCAGGGCAGGGCCCCCUGCUCCAGCCCCACCAGCUCCCAUACCACCUCCAGCCCCUCUCCAGAGCAGCCCACCAGAGCAGCCACAGAGCAUGGAGAUGCGCUCGGUGCUGCGGAAGGCCGGCUCCCCGCGCAAGGUCCGUCGCGCGCGCCUCAGCCCGCUCGUGCUGCUGCUGGACGCCGCGCUGACCGGGGAGCUGGACGUGGUGCAGCAGGCGGUGAAGGAGAUGAACGACCCGAGCCAGCCCAACGAGGAGGGCAUCACCGCCCUGCAUAACGCCAUCUGCGGCGCCAACUACCCCAUCGUGGACUUCCUAAUCGCGGCGGGUGCCAACGUCAACUCCCCCGACAGCCACGGCUGGACACCGUUGCACUGCGCGGCGUCCUGCAACGACACGGCCAUCUGCAUGGCGCUGGUGCAGCACGGCGCGGCAAUCUUCGCCACCACGCUCAGUGACGGCGCCACCGCCAUCGAGAAGUGCGACCCCUACCGCGAGGGUUACGUCGACUGCGCCACUUACCUGGCAGACGUGGAGCAGAGCAUGGGGCUGAUGUACAACGGGGUGGUGUACGCUCUCUGGAAUUACAGCGCUGAGUUUGGAGACGAGCUGUCCUUCCGCGAGGGCGAGUCGGUCACCGUGCUGCGGAGGGAUGGGCCAGAGGAGACGGACUGGUGGUGGGCCGCGCUGCACGGCCAGGAGGGCUACGUGCCCCGUAACUACUUCGGGAUGUUCCAUGGAAUCGUCCGUAUUACUAACAGCUCACUCAAGCUUUUUUUCCUCCCUCCUAAAGUCCUCUCUCCUACUUGAAUGUGGACUUGAUGCUUUCUAGGCCUACACUAAGCUAUCCUGGACUUCCCUGUGUUGGAUAUUGUUUCCUCGAUUCCAUGUCUAUCUUCCUUUGUUGACUCUUCAUUUUGCUGGAGCACAUGCUCCAGUCGUUCCCUUAAAAGGGAGAGGAAGAGGUAAAGAUUUUUGAGUUCUUGCAUGGCUUAAUAGAUCUUCAUUUUAUCCUCCAACUUUAUUAUAGUUUGGCUGGGUAUAAAAUUCUAGGUUGGAAAUUUAUGUAUCCCUUGUCACUCAAAUCUAUUUUCUUCCUAAGUCGGAAUGCAAGUUUGGAUAACAAAGGAAACCUGUUUGUUUGUUUUUUUCUCCCCUCAGAUUUGUUUUCAUUCUCCCUCUGCUUUGAACUUGUAUUUGACUUGCUUUAUUCUGGAAGCUUUUGGAAUCUUCUCACUUUCUCUGGUUCUGAAAUUUCAUGAGGAUGUGCCUCACUGUAGCUUUUAUUCAUUAAUCAUUCUGACCCUAAGUCUGUCCUUUCAAUCUGGAGACUCAUGGCCUUUGGUUCUGGGAAAUUUUCUUGUAUAUUUUUGUGUUGGUUUCUUUGUGUGUGUGUGUGUUGGUUUCUUCGUUUUCUUGCUCUCUUUUUCUGGAAUUUUUAUAAUUUGGAUGUUGAAUCUUCUGGUUUGAGCUUUCAGUGUUCUUAUCUUUUCACCACUAUUUUCCAUCUCUGUUAAUUUUCCCCUUACUUUCUAGGAAAUUUCCUUGACUCUAUCUUCUAAUCCUUUUAUUAAAAUUUAUGUUUCAUCGGGGCUUCCCUGGCGGCGCAGUGGUUGAGAGACUGCCUGCCGAUGCAGGUGACGCGGGUUCGUGCCCUGGUCCGGGAAGAUCGCACAUGCCGCAGAGCGGCUGGGCCCGUGAGCCAUGGCCGCUGAGCCUGCGCGUCCGGAGCCUGUGCUCCGCAACGGGAGAGGCCACAACAGUAAGAGGCCCACGUACCACAAAAAGAAGAAAAAAAAAAAAAAAAGAAAAUUUAUGUUUCAUCUAUUAUUUUGAAUUCCAAAGGACUCUUUCUUAUUAUUUAAUUAUUCAUUUUUCAUAGCCUCCAGUUCCUAUUUUAUAAAUGUGAUAUCAUCUAUUAUCUUGCUAGGUAUUUUUUAUAGUAUUUUAGUUACAGGUGUUUUUGUGUUUGUUUUGUAGCUUUCUUUUUUUUCCUGUGUAAUCUUUGUUUCUUCUGGGCUUCUUUAUUUUGUAUGUGUUUACACUAGUCUGAUCUCUCUUUUGCAUAACAGAGAUAGGUUCGUUUCCCAUUACUGCUAUAACAAAUUAUCACAAACUUAGUAGGUUAAAUAACACAAAUUUAUUGUCUUUUAAUUCUGGGGGUCCGAAGUCUGAAACAGGUCUCAGUGGGCUAAACUCAAGGUGUUGUCAGGGCCAUGUUCUACUGGGGGGAAUCUGUUUCCUUGCCAUUUCCAGUUUCUAGAGUUUGCCUAUAUUUCUACCAACAGUCUGUUUAUGAUGAUUUAGUGUUCCCUAAGAUUAUAGAGAUUUACUCUACCUUACUCCUCUGAGUUCCUUCUGAGUCCUCACCAGCAGAAUUGCUAACACUCAUAUUUCUACAAAUGGUCUGCAAGGCUAUCUAGGCUUUUCCCAUCAUCUUCUCAACAUUGUUCCAGCCUCUGCCCAUUGUCCAAUUCCAAAUCCACUUCCACAUUUUUAGGUAUUUGUUACAGCAGCACCUCACUUCCAGUACCAAAAUCUGCACUAGCUUCCUUUCGCUGCUUGUAACAAAUUGUCACAAACUUGGAGGCUUAAACAAUACAAAUUUAUUAUCUUACCAUCUGGAGGUCAGACAUCUGAAAUGGGUCUCACUGAACUAAAAUCCAGGUGUCAGCAGGGCUGAGUUCCUUUCUGGAGACUAUGGGAAAGAAGCCCUUGCCUUGCCGUUUCUAGUUUCUAGAAGCUGGCUGUAUUCCUUGGUUCAUGGCCCCCUUCUGUCUUCAAAGCCAGCUCUUGCAUCAGUUCCAUCUCAUACUUCCAUUGUCACAGCUUUAUCUCUUGACUCUGACCCUCCUGGCUCCCUCUUUCACUAUGGCUACACUGGACCCAUCCAGAUAAUCCAGGAUAAUCUCAGAAUCUUUAACUUAGUCACAUUUGCAAAGUCCUUUUUGCCACAUAAGGUAGCAAAGGAGAACAAGUAAACAAGGAGACAGGACUUCCCUGGUGGCGCAGUGGUUAAGAAUCCACCUGCCAAUGCAGGGGACAUGGAUUCGAUCCCUAGUCUGGAAAGAUCCCACAUGCUGCGGAGCAACUAAACCCGUGCGCCACAACUACUGAGCCUGCACUCUGAAGCCCGUGAGCCACAACUACUGAAGCCCACACACCUAGAGCCCAUUCUGCACAACAAGAGAAGCCACCGCAAUGAGAAGCCCGCGCACCGCAACGAAGAGUAGCUCCUGCUCGCCGCAACUAGAGAAAGCUCGGGCGCAGCAAAGACCCAAUGCAGCCAAAUAAAUAAAUAAAAUUUAAAAACAAAACAAACAAACAACAAAAAAAACCCCAAGCAGGGCUUCCCUGGUGGCGCAGUUGUUGAGAGUCCGCCUGCCGAUGCAGGGGACACGGGUUCGUGCCCCGGUCCGGGAAGAUCCCACAUGCCGCGGAGCGGCUGGACCCGUGAGCCAUGGCCGCUGAGCCUGCGCGUCUGGAGCCUGUGCUCCGCAACGGGAGAGGCCACAGCGGUGAGAGGCCCGCGUACCGCAAAAAAAAAAAAAAAAAAAAAACCAAGCAGACAGCAGUCCCUGCUCUCAAAUUCAAAUAGUAUCUGGAACUUUGAUUAUAUUAAGCGAUUAUUAUUCCUUUUUUUGAGAUGUGCUAUGAUAUUAUGGUUAUGUUUUUACAAAGAGUCUUUACUUUUAGAGCUACAUUCUGAAAUACUGAUGGAUGAAAUGAUAUGAUGUCUUGGAUUUGCUUCAAAAUAAUCAACUGGUGGGAGGGGAAGUGGUUGGGGUGUAGAUGAAACAAGAUCAGCCCUGAGUUGAAGAUUGAUAAAGCUUCAUGUAGCUGAGGCUUCGUUAGACUAUUCUCUCAACUUUUGUAUCCAUUUGAAAUUGUCCCUAAUAACCGGUGAUAAAAUGCCCCUGGUUUUGUAGAGCCGACAUUCUAGGGGAAGAGACAGACAAUAAACAAAAUGAUAAGCAAGAACUAUAUUCUGUCAGAUGCUGAUCGCUGCUAUGGAAAAAACUAAAGCAGAAGUGGAUAUAUUGCGCCUGAUUGGAAGUGUAUUCAUUCAUUUCCUCUGGCUACUGUCACAAAUGACCCCAAACUCAGUGGCUUAAAACAACACACAUUUAUUUUCUUACAAUUCGUAAAAUCAGAAGUCUGAGGUUAGUUUCACUGGGCUGAAACCAAGGUGCUGGCAGGGCUGCACUCCCUCCAGAGGCUGUAGAGAAGAAUCAAUUUCCUUGUCUUUUGCAGCUUCUAGAGCUGCAUUCUUGACAUUCCUUGGCUCGGCCCUCUUCCUCCAACUUCAAAGCCCACAGGGAGACAUCCUGCUUCAGUGUAGCAUUGCCUCUGUUUCUGUCCUGCUGUCAAAUCUCCCUAUUAUGAGGACACGUGAUUACAUUCAGGACGCACCUUGAUAUCUCUCAAGAUCCUUUAACCAUCACACCUGCAAAUUCCCUUUUGCCAUAUGCGGAAGGAAAAUAAAAAUGGAGUCAGUAUCGCCAAGAGAACUCUCUAAAAUGGAGCUGGGAGGCCAUCGACGAAGUGUGACUUACGCACAUCCCAGCCUGGAUGGAAUCUGACCUUUUGAUCACUUAUUGUCUUAACAUAGGCAUCAAGAACAGCUGCCCAGGGACUUCCCUGGUGGCACAGUGGUUAAGAAUCCGCCUGCCAACGCAGGGAACACGGGUUCGAGACCUGGUCCGGGAAGAUCUCACAUGCCGCAGAGCAACUAAGUCCGUGUGCCACAACUACU